CUUAGAGCAACAGCUCCACCUCCUGUAAAUCUAACAAUCAGCUGACCGGGAGGGUCACGUGAGCACACACCCGGAACAGGAACUGCUUUUAGUUUUGCUUAACAGGAAAGAGCAAGUGAGACAUGGAAGCGGCUUUGGAGCAGCAUUUGGAAGAUACAAUGAAAAACCCAUCAAUUGUUGGAGUUUUGUGUACAGAUUCACAGGGGCUGAAUCUGGGAUGUUGUGGAAGCCUUUCUGAUAAACAUGCUGGUGUGAUCUCCAUUCUUCCCCAGUAUGCAGCCAAGCUUACUACAGACCCCACAGAUGUGCCAGUUGUGUGCCUAGAAUCUGACAAUGGAACGGUUAUGAUUCAAAAACAUGAUCAUCUGACUGUAGCAGUUCACAAAGUGACGUCGUAACAUCAUUCUGCAGAGCAAAUAGUAUGUUUGUGCUUUCGCCUAACCUUUUUAUAUGGUACAAGACACAUUAGUGUAGCCUUUCCCAGCUCAAAGCAAAAAAAGCUGCAGCCCAGAUUUGCUUGGUAUUUUUGCAAUAACAAUACACCUGAUGCCAUUUAGAAAUUGUGUGUUGCAGUAAUACAUUUCUGUCUGAAGCGCGAAAGAGGUUCUAUAUAAAGUAUUGUUUGUGUACCUAACAGGAAUAUGUGCUUCAAUAACAUUUUUGCUGUAAUCAUUUAUUCACUUAAUAUGGCUUACCGGAAGUAAAUGUUCCAUUACCUAUACUGAGGAAAUGCAAAAUGGGUAUAACAAUCUUUUUAUAAAAUAGAAUACCUAAAUUUUUGUUAAAGUCUUGUUUUAGCCAAGGUAACUAAUCCACAGUCACAGUCCUCUGGCACAGUUGCUGCAGUGUUAAGCAUCAAAAACAGUGCUGGGCCUGCAGAUAACAUUGUAAAAUGCAUGUUUUGGGACAGUAAUGGCCAUGAAACACUCAAAAAUACCUAUGAAUUGCAAAGCAUCAAGGUCAUCUGCCCCAAACUACUUGAUUCUUUUAAAUAUGCAGAAAGAAGCAUUUGUUUUUGUUAUAUAGCAUGUGUUUAUGUGCAUAACUUCCUUUGUAUAAAGAUCUUUUCAAACCAUUCUACACAAACAUGUUCAUGUGCUCAGUUAUUAAACCUAAGCAAAAUAAACGACUUUCUGUU